AUGGCUCUAGACUAUCAUGUCCUCACGCGGCUAUACGUUUUAGACAUAGACACACGCAACUUCAAACACUCCACACCCGGAGAUCACCCGCAACCUGAGAUCACCCAGGUCAUCAGAUCACCACACCCAGAGAUCACCCACACCCAUAGAUCGUCCACAGGCAGAUAUCACCCACGCCCAUCGAUCAUCCACACGCAAAGAUUACUACACCCACAGAUCAUACACAACUACGGAUCACCUGCACCCAUACAUCAUCCACUCCCAGAUAUCAACCACACCGAGAGAUCGUCAACACCUAGACAGCACCACACCCAGAGGUCAUCCACACACAGAAUCAACACACAGAGAUCACUCAGGGAUCACCGCACCCCAACAUCACCACCUCCAGAUAUUAUCAGACCCAGAGAUCACCCACACGCAGACAUCACCACACCCAGAGAUUACCCACACUCAGACAUCACCACACCCAGACAUCAUCCACGCCCAGAUACCACCCACACCCAGAGGUCACUCACACCCAGAGAUCACCCGCACCCAGAGAUCACUCACACCCAGACAGCACCACACCCAGAGAUCACCCACACUCAGAACAUCACCCACACUCAGAGAUCACCCACACUCAGACAUCACCCGCAGCCAGAGAUCACCCACACCCAGAGAUCACCCACACCCAUAAACAACAAACAGAGAACACCCACACUCUGGGAUCACCGCACCCCAACAUCACCACACCCAGAGAUCAUCACACCCAGAGAUCUUCACACCCAGAGAUCACCACACCCAGAGAUCACCCACACCAGAGAUCACCACACUCAGAGAUCACCCACCCAAAUAUCACCACGCCCAGAGAUCACCCACACCCAGAGAUCAUCCACAUCCAGAGGUCACCCACACCCUGAGGUCACCCACACCCAGAGAUCACUCAAAUGA